AUGCCUCCCAAGCGCAACACCUCCAUAGAGCCCUCAGACCGCGCGCUUCGCACCCGCGUCACCAAACCAGUCUCCCUUCCUGCCCCCAACCCCUCCAAGGGCACGUCCGUCGCCAAGAAGCGCCUUUCAAAGGCUGAGCAGGACGCUCAGAAGGAUGCUGAUGAAGCUCGUGUAGCUUCCGGCAUCCAACGUCUUGCGGUUGUUGAGCACGAAGAGCAGCACCGCCAGGAGAUGGCCGCACAGCCCAAGCCAAUGCCCAAGAAGAAACCGGUGACGACCCAGAAGAAGGUGUCAGCUCAAGCAGGGACGAAGACUACGAAGCCUACGUCUUCGAGCACGGCUCCUGCCUCCAGUGCUAGGAAAGGUGGCCAAGCCGUUCAGCCGGAGACAAAGGUCACAGUGCCUAGGAAGGAAAGAGCAACGACACGCAAAGACAUCACCACCACUCGAGAAGGACUUGAUGCCAUCAAAGUCUCGGUGACAUCGGAAGCCCCGGGCCAUCAGCCACCUACCAUGAAAGGCAAGGACGGUGAUGCUCCCCCGGCUACGAAAGUCCAGUUUCUCAAGCGCGUGGCCAGCUGGUCCAAAGGGGUUGCCACGGACAACCAGAGCGUGUCGUCCAAAUCCAGCUCCAGUUUCUUUGGCGGCCCACGGACCUCAAGCUCCGCAGCGACGACUGUCCGCAGCAAGAUCCAUAACGUCAAGCCAAAGCCAAGGAUCGUCGCUGCUCACCAGGAGAAGGAAGAUACAGCCUUGGGUGUCGGUGUUCACACCGAAGACACUGCCGAUGAUGUGGCGAAGGAGCGGAGUGCAGUCGCUGCGGGAACUGGACAGUCCCUCUUGUUGAUCGAGCCCACUGCGCCACCUGCGACUAAGCCCACUCCCCCUCGGGGUCUCAAGCGGAAGGCUAGCAAUUCUAACGUGGGCGAGGAGUCUACCUUUGUUCCGAAUAUCACCUCAAGCCCUGGCGACCCCAACUGGGACUUCCCGAUGGAAGAGGCACAGCGCAUGCCACGCUAUCCAUUGGACCCGUCGGAGCCCUUGAUAUGGGAUGACGUCGACGACCCCAUUGACACCCACACGGGGGUCGACCAGGAAGACAGCAACAAGGACGACGGCGCCGAGGAAGAGCGCGACCAGAUGGACGAGGACGAGGACACGGGCAGCCAGCUGGCUAGCAACAACAUGGAAGGCAUCAAAGAGGCCGCUGUUGAGGAGAUGGAGACCGAGGAGAACGGUGAGGGCGAGGAGGAUGGCGAGGGCGAGGAAGAUGGCGAGGGCGAGGAGAAUGGCGAGGGCGAGGAGAGCGGCGAGGGCGAGGAGAACGGCGAGGGCGAGGAGAACGGUGAGGGCGAGGAGAACGGCGAGGGCAACAAGCCUCAAGAUCGCACCACUCAACAGACGCAUGCUCAGGUCUCUACCUCAAUCGAGCGCGCCGUCAAGCGCCGCCGGACAAGUGCCCUAGACAGCGACAGUCAGCCGCUGCAAGCCUCUAGCAACCCGGGCAAGCGCCGCGUUUGGUUGCUCUCCGAUCUCCCCCCUGGUGCUCGCGACCAACAGCGCUGGGGCAACGAGUUCCUUCCCACUAUUGUCGACCAUGUCGGCAGCAGGGAUUCAGCCUGGAAUAUCACCGACGCUGAUCUCAUGGACGCCAUUGCGAAGGCUUGGCGUGUGGUUUAUGGGAAGCCUCUCCCGCGGACUGAAACCAUCCAAGGGGCCGUUUUCGGGCUGACGAAGAAGAAGCUGAACGAGUGGCGGAGCUCGUUUGGAUCCACCGCCAUUGCCGCCCUUGUCGCUGCCCUCGCGCAGCAGGGUCUGUGGACCCAUGACCUCCAGCUGGGCUUCGUCAACGAGCAGAUCCUCGGAGACCAGUUCCUCAACGACGGGAAGACAAGCGAGGGCAAGCCCUGCGGUAUGUUCAAAGGAGAGUUUUUCCAGAUUGUUUUCGCCACCCACCAGAUCGCGAUCCAAGGUAGUGCUCACGUCCCGGACUUCAUUCCGACAAGGAAAGACGUUCAGGGCAACACGAUCCAUACCCCCUUCGCUGCGUCCGUUCUUGCUGCCGCCGCGUGCUACCGCGCCCUUGUCCUCGUCCGCGACGCCAGCUUCGGGGACAUCGCCAAUGCCCUCGGCGCCAUCGACAAGGACCUUACUCUGACUGUCUCUAACGUCAUCAAAGCCAAGAAGGCUUUCGACGCCAUCAAGAAGAAGGAGAAGGGGCAAGCCGAGGCCGCCAAGAAGGAGCGCGAGGAACAGGGGAAGGCGAACACCGACGGGAACGACGCGGACCAGGAACCCGAAGAGGAGCCCGAAGAGCCUGAGGAGUCCGGUGAUCCUGACUCCGAGGCGUCUUCCAUCCUCCCGUUUUCGAAGGAUCACAACGAGGAGUCAACGUUCAAUUACUCGUUCCUGUUCAAUCGAUGCCCGAACGAGCGGAUUGUCGAGGCACUGGCGAUGUCGACCAAGUACACCGCGCCCCCUCGCAGGCUCAAGAACUCGGCCGCCAUCAGUCAGUCCUCGCACUUCGAGCCUAAACUGGACGAGCGCGCGUUCCGUGACAUCAUCUUUUGAACUCUUUCGGCGUCGUCCUGUUCGGCUCUUCUUAGUCCUUGGUGCUUCAAAUCGAACGGUGGUUGCGAACGUCUCCAUUAUGCAUACUACAAUCUAAUGACGCAUUUCUCGUAUCUGUACCUAGC